AAAAAACUACAUUCUCAACAAUAUUAUUUAAAAUUUUAGAAUUCUUAAUAAUUGUUUUUCAAUUAUUAUACGUUUAAUUCUAAGAGAAGUAAAAACGCACCAUAAAUAACUUAGAAAGAGUCCAGAUAAACAGAGAUAAAUCAAGAUGUUUCUUGACGUCGACCUUCAUUGUCACCGCGAAACUGAUUUAUAUUUAAUAUAAAAGUCAACAACCCAAAAAAAAAGGUACAGUAAAGACGUUAAUGUGUUUGAGUCAGUUUGAAUUUAGUUACUACGUGAUAAAAUGAUAUCUAAAAUUUUGUUUGUUAUUAUAUUUAUUGUGUUGAUUGAUUCCGGUGAAUUAUUUACGUGUAGUACUCAAGGAAGAUUUCAAAAUGUUUAUGAUCCAACUUGCAAAACUUAUUAUUUAUGCGAAAAUACUUUGGAAAAAUUAACACCAACUUUAUACAAAUGCCCACAUACUUUUGAUCCGAACCUAAAUGAAUGUUCUGAAAAUUACGUUUGUCGAAAAGAAUCGCAUUGCGUUAGUUCCGGUUAUAUCCCCGAUUUAAGCGAUCGAACAUGUACAAGAUACUACAAUUGUUUUGGGUUUUUUGGAUUAUAUCUUCCUUUUACAUAUUCUUGUGCUCACGGGUACCAAUUUGAUCCCACCAAAAAACAUUGUUCGGCUACGUAUAAAUGUGAAGAUUACCUUUUAGCACCUGAAGAAAUUAUUAUUCCGAUUACAACUCCAAUUCCUUUAAUCGACGAAUUUAUUUGUACCGAAACGGGAUUAUUUCCCGAUAAAACAGAUAAAAGUUGUUCUAGUUAUUUUUAUUGCCUCCCAAUCAGCGGUGGAAAAUACCUCAAAAAUGUUCAUAAAUGUCCUAAAUAUUUCAACCCAGAAUCAAAAUCAUGCACAGAUAAUUAUAAGUGUCCAUAUAAUCAAGAUGAAAUUGAUUUAGUCACUCAAAAUACAGAAAGUGUUACAAUAUCAAUUAAAACUACCAUUACUACAAAAACUGAUUUAACUGAAAUUGGUACCACUGAAGCUUAUACUCCAACUAAUAAUGAAAUUGAUGAAACAACAAAUAUUAUUGAAGCAACUACUACAUUUCAUCAAGAUGAAACAACUUUUGAUUCAAUUCAAACAAAACCUGAAGAUGAAAUAACAACGAUUAUGACUGAAUCUUCGAUGAUAAAUGAAAUAACAACUCAAAGGGAAGAAACUACAGUGAUUUUUGAAGAUUAUACAUCAACAAAAGUAAAUACAGAAAUUAUAACAGAUAUUGCAAUAAAUACUGUAACACAAAUUGUAACAGAAAAAAUAUUUGAAACAACAUCUAAUGCUAUUGAAACAGAAUCUAUUCCUUCGGAUAUUAAGCCAACCACAAAUCUUCCCAUAGAUACCACAAAAGCAAUUGAUAUAACUAAACCGGAUACAAUUUAUGUAACCACUGAAGAAACCUUAACACCAAUUGAAGUGACUUCACAAUCGUCGGAAGAAUUUAUUUGCGAAGCUACAGGAAGAUAUCCCGAUGUUUCCGAUGAGUUUUGUUCUCAAUAUUUCUUAUGUAGCAAACUUCACAGUGGGGGAUUUAUAAAAACGGCUUAUAAAUGUCCUGGAGGAACGUAUUUCGAUCCUAAAGAAUCUACCUGUUCAAAAACUUUUCAAUGUUUUAAUAUAAACACGAAUAGCACGAUAUUUACAACUCAAGAAAUGGUUACAACUGAAAAUGUUAUUAAUCAAGAUACAACACUUAUAAGUACAACAACCAAAAAACCCGAAGAAUUUAAUUGCACAUCAACAGGAAAAUUCCCAAAUUUAAUCGACGAAACUUGUACAUCAUAUUUUUUGUGUUCAAAGCGACAAAAUGGGACAUUUGUAAAAACUUUGUAUAAUUGCCAAGGCGGAUCAACUUUCGAUCCAGAUUUAAAACGUUGUUCAAAAGAACACCAAUGUUCUUCCCAUCAAUUAGAAACAACCACAACAACGUCCACGACGAUGACACAAUGGGAGUUUUCGUGCAACAAAGUAGGAAGAUUUAAAAACGAGAACGACUCAAGAUGCAAAUCUUACUUCCUUUGUAGCCAAUUUAGAAAUGGAACUUUCGUUAAAACUCAAUACGAUUGUCCGAAUUCAUCAAUAUUUAACAACGCGAAACAUAUUUGUAGCGAUGUGAUUUCAUCACGUUUCGUAUAAAAAAAAUUGAAUUAAAGGAAUUUAAUAGGCGUCGAGGGGAAAUUGAUUUCUUUUCAGAAUUUGGCAUUCAUAACGCGUUUGGUACAGGAGAAAUACGCGAACUCGUUUUCUAUGGCAAUAAAGCUGCGUUUAAUAUCACCACAACGGACAACGACGGACUGAUGAAUAAUUUAACACGAUCGAAUUUCUUUGCUUUGGUUUUCGAAAAUCGCGAACAACUUUCUAAAUUAAAAACAAAAUUACUCGGCGUAUAAGUAAAUAAAGAAAAUAUUAACAAAUUAAAAAUAAAUGUUUUAUUUAGUAUCAAAUGUAUUGUAUUUUACAUUACAAACUGUGUAUUUUCCUGAUGAGUUAUCGUUUUCGG